AUGGCUUUGGCAAGUGACCAACAAGAAGUAAAUGAAAAGCACCAUGAGCUUGUUCUCUCCCUUCCCAAAGAGAGUGGCUUGGGUGCAGUCCCUUAUCUCCAUCUAUUUCAAGGUUUUUGGUGCCCAUCACAUUGUAUUCAAGGAGUAGAGAAUUUCCAGAAACAUUUUCAUGCAAAAGACAAUGAUGUUUUUGUGGCUAGCUUUCCAAAAUCAGGCACUACAUGGUUGAAAGCCCUUACUUUUGCUAUUGUAAACUUGCCAAGUUUUUCCUCUUUCGAACACCAUCCAUUACUUACUUCCAAUCCUCAUGAACUUGUGUCUUACCCUGAAUUUAUCUUGUCUCGUGAUUUCCAUGACCAAGUUCUUUCCCUCUCCAACAUGAGUGAGCCAAGGCUUUUUUCUACUCAUGUACCAUUCUCUUCAUUACCCGAGUCAGUCACGAAAUCUAACUGCAAGAUCAUUUAUAUAUGUAGGAAUCCAUUUGAUAUUUUUGUUUCAUCAUGGGAAUUCUUCACCAAACUCAAGUUAGUGUCUUUACCUGCAUUAACGUAUGAGGAAGCAUUUGAAAAGUAUUGCAAUGGAAUAGUGGGGUUUGGUCCAUGGUGGAGUCAUAUGUUAGGUUUCUGGAAGGAGAGUAUAGCCACACCAAACAAAGUUUUGUUCUUAAAGUAUGAGGAUCUUAAAGAGGAUACAGAAUUUCAUGUGAAAAGAAUGGUAGAGUUUUUGGGUUGUACCAUCACUCAGAGAGAAGAGAGUACCGAAAUGGUUGAAAACAUAAUCAAACUAUGUAGGUUUGAGAAGAUGAAGGAUUUGGAAGUGAACAAAUCAGGAGAAAUUGACAAGUUCACUGAGAAGAAGAACUUCUUUCGGAAGGGUAAAAUAGGAGAUUGGAUAAAUUAUUUAUCUCCUUCUAUGAUAGAAAAAUUAUCUAAAAUUACUGAAGAAAAAUUAAGUGGAUCAGGUCUAUCAUUUAAAAUGCACUAA